AGGGUUGCGUGGCUCCGCGAGGGGGCGCUGCGGCCGCGGGGGGUGGGCUGCAUUCAUUCCCUCUGGGAGCUGGGGCUUGCAGUCGGGCGGGGUGGGUUGCGGCAGCAGGGUGGAGGCCUACGUAUUUUCGUGGGGGUGGGGUUGCGACGCAGAGUUUACCAUAUUUCUCCGGGGUUGCUCCGGCCGCAGAAGUUGGCAAGGUUGUGUGUAAGGUCGGGUGGGGUGGGGUGGGGUCAGCUCUCCCGAUUAAUGCAGCUAUUUGAUAACAGCAACGUCGCGGGAGGCUUGCCGUCUUUAUGGGGGAGGGGAGAAGGGGCGCGGGAGUCGCUGCGGGAGAGUUACCGUAUUUGCGUUGAGCAGCGCAGACUGUAGAGCAAAGAUCUGCGGCCGGAGACCGGAGGAGCAGGGGCUCAGCUGGGCUGUGAGUGUGGCAUGGGAUGAAAGAACUUGGGGGAGAGACGGGGGGCCUCUCGGCGUGCAGGCGGGGCCUCAGUCAGGGGUAUAGCUGGGGAGAGUGAGGAGGCUGCCCAGUCACAGGGCCAGGCUGAGAUUGGCCAAGGGGACUUUGAUGAUCUGUCUUUGCAGAUGUCAGUGCAGCUGCCUGUGGAAAAGACUUGUGGGUGGGGUCUCUUGCAAGUAGGACUUGUCUCCUUCCCCAGGGUCAGUUCCACCCUGGCCUCGAGGGUACGGGAGACAGAGGAGGUGGCCCUGAGACCCCACUCUGCAGAUAGGUUGACUGAGGCUGGAAGUGAAGAGAGGCCUUCGGGGAGGUCCAGUGGAAUAUUCAGCCGGCUUCCCUGAUGGGGUUGGGGAGAAUGGAUGAGGCAGGCCUUAGGGCCCUGCAGGAGCCCAAGUUUUGGUGGGGGUCGUGGGAGUGGUUGCAGUAGACAGUGCGUCUACAGGAGAAGUGGCCCUUUGGAAUGCAUGGCUCUGUGACUGCUGCGAUGGUGGCAGUGGGGUGUGUGUGUGUUUUGAGGAGUGUUUAGUUGUUGAGCAGCUAGUACAUUGAAAAGAGCUUUCAACAGUGAGACAGGAGACUUGAGGCCUAGUCCAGGCUCAGCUUGCUCUGUGACCUUGGCAAGGAUGUUGACCUCACUGAGCCUCAGUUUCCCCAUCUUUAAAGUGGGGCUCAGUAACCCUGCUCCGCCCCUUUCUCAGGGCUGUUGUGAGGACAAUGGGAAACAAUUUAAGAGGAACACAGUGCCCUGGGAAGAGGAUCCUUGGGAGAACCAGCAUGAAGGGAGCUGGGUUUGGGGGUGUUGGCUGGGCACUGAGUGUGCUGCUCAGCCCUGGGCCAGGCUUUGCUGUGAGGAUACCAAGAGGAAUCACGCUGAGACCAGUCCCCCUGGGAGCCCACACCCUGGUUCAGUGACUUGGAAACCUUUUGAACACAUGCCUCAUUUCGAUAAACAAAGAGCUGCCGCCUUUAAUGUUUAACUGAGGUCACUUUCAAGUUUACAGGGUUGUGUUUUUUUUCCUGUUUUAAGCUUCGCAAAAAUAUCUUUAAAUCAUUGAUAAUGCCACCCUUUUCUCCAAGUUUGGGGUGCACUUCCCUACCUCCCCCUGUCCUUGAGAUCUGGUUGGAGGGAUAAGACAGUCUAGACGAAAGUAACUGAAAAUCCUAGCUGAAACUGAAACUGAAAAUCCUAACUGAAACUCAUCACCAUCUGUCUAGUGUCUUGUGUGGCUGGCUGGCAUGGUGCUAGGUGCUGGGGUUGAAAGAAGGCAGCUCUGUCCUUAAGGUGCUGGGAGUCGGGGUACAGAGGUGGCAUGACUGACCCUCGUGCAGUAUGAUGAGUGAGAGCCACAUGGUUGUGUCACACGGUGUUUAAGCCUGGGGUGGAAAGGUCAGGGAAGGCUUCUAGAAGGUGCCCUUGGGAAGGGACUGGAAGGAGUGUAGGCCGUGCUUAAAAGGCAGUGGAGGAAGAAGAACACCAAUUCCCAGCAGGGGAACUUGAGCUUGAACAAAACGGGGCGAAAGGUGGAGGUUGUGGAAGGUGAGUGUCCCUGCCAGGCUGGGGGCUGGCUAACCCUCGGGUUCCCCGACCCCUCUCUCUCCACCCCCCACCCCCGCCCCCGCUUCUGUCUCCCUAGGGACUGGUGAUUGCAGCUGGAAGUGCCCAUGACCGAGCUGGCGUCCUCCGGGGGCGGGUCCCCUGCGGGGGACGGGGAGGAGGGUCUGGGGGACGAGCGAGGCCUGGUCAUCCACCACCCUGCGGAGGAGCAGCCCUACCGCUGCCCGCUGUGCGGCCAGACCUUCUCGCAGCAGCCCAGCCUGGUGCGGCACCAGAAGGCGCACGCCGGAGCGGGCCGCGCGGCUGCCUUCGUGUGUCCGGAGUGCGGCAAGGCCUUCAGCGUCAAGCACAACCUCGAGGUGCACCAGCGCACGCACACCGGGGAGCGGCCCUUCCCCUGCCCCGAGUGCGGCCGCUGCUUCAGCCUCAAGCAGAACCUGCUCACGCACCAGCGCAUCCACAGCGGCGAGAAGCCGCACCAGUGCGCGCAGUGCGGCCGCUGCUUCCGCGAGCCGCGCUUCCUGCUCAACCACCAGCGCACCCACGCGCGCAUGCCCGCGCCGCACCCGCGCCGCCCCGGCGUCUUCGGGGAGCGGCGGCCCUACUUCUGCCCACGCUGCGGCAAGAGCUUCGCACGCGAGGGCUCGCUGAAGACCCAUCAGCGCAGCCACGGCCACGGGCCCGAGGGCCAGGCGGCCCACUUAGGACGCGUGCUAUGAUGCGCCCGGGGCCUGCUGCCGACGGCUGCUUCCCGCCCCGCACGUGCGUCCCAGACCCCUGGAGAUGGCCCUGGGCCGCGGCUCCCUCUCUGGAUGGGAUCCCGGGAGAGGGGCAGCGCUGGCUUGGGCUCUUGAAGGUGUGGGCCGCCGCCAGGCUCCUGCCGCCCGCUUGCGUUCCUCCUUCGGGACCCUCUGGCUGGCUGCACACAGCUGCUUCGGGCUCCUGCCAUGGUUCUCCUUCUCUAGCCCAUCUGGCCUAGAGCAGUUGCGGAGUGGGCAGGAUCUUAUGACCCGAUAGGUGCAGGACCCAUCUGGACACAGAGACCAGGAAUGGGGUUCCAUGGAGGCCUGGCUGGCACUGCACCCGGGCAUCAGGACACAUCCAGUAAGAAGACCUGCCUCAAGAGGUGCACUGCGGUGACCAGUGGAGGUGACUGGUUGGAGCCUAGAAUUGGAGGCAGAUUCCAAGCUCUGGUGGACAAACUCCCCAGGCCUGGUGGGAAUCACAGCUGGGGCAGACCUCAUCCUGGCUGUCUGGCUACAGGCCCCCACUCUCUGCCACUGGUGGUAGGACGAUGCCUGUGUGGAGAGCUGGCUUCUCUGCUCCUGCCUGGUCCACCACUUGGCUAGAGUUCAGAGACAGGAAGUGAUUGGUCUAAGCUAACACAGCAAGUUGGUGGCAGACCUGGUUCUAGAGGCAAAACCUUCUGCCAGAUGUCAAUGAAACCUGCAGGCUUCAUUUUCCUUUCUGAGCGGUGCUUCUAAGCACUUUGGAGACACGAAGCCCUUGGAAAAUCUGAUGAAGGUUACGGACCUUCCCUAGGAAAACAGAUAACUGACGUGGACUCAAAAACCCCAAGCAAUUUCAGGAGCCACUGGGCUCCCUGAAUGAAACCCAUCCCUGGACUCCAGGCUAAGAACCUCAGCCCUGGGGACUUCACCUGCUGCCCUUUCCUUACCUGUCACACAUUGAGCCCUGAGUCAAGGCCACUGUACAAGUAGUGCCCCUCCCUCCCCCUGGCCAAGCCUCCUUCCCGUGUUCAGGAAUAAAGAAUUCUGAGGAGGAGACCUUUUUAGUCAGUCCCUUCUCCCAGACCUAACGAAUGAUGCAUUAGGUUUCUGGAACCUCAUUUCCCUUCCCCAGACAUUGGCAGAGGUCCCCUGGGCUAGAUUUUCUCUUUUGGUUUUGUUUCUUGUUCUGCCUGACUGGCCGCUGGCUUCCACAAAGGAGCCCUUUGCUCCUGGCCUGGGCUCUGAUUUCACUGUGUGGUCUCAGGGGAAGCUGGACUGCUGUGGACACUGGUGGGAGCUUGAGUUUGGUCUGAGUCUGCCCCAGGGAGAAGGAAUCCCGCUUCCACCAACCAAGCCCAGUCAGCGGUACCUCCCAACUGGCCAAGUGUUCAGCCCAGCGGGCUGGGGAGGAAGAGGAUGAGGGCCUCACUCCUGGUGCCUGUGGCUCUGGGCAGGGUGAGAGGUCGGUGGAGGAGCUUUCUGUGUGUUCUCUGAGUGUGCAGCAGUGCAGUUGAAGGGAACAGGGCCCAGGCUGGCAGCAGGGCGAGGACUCCUCCCAUCUUCACACCUGAACCAGUCAGCCUGGAAGCUCCAAGUUCUCACCUGCUUCCCCAGAAUGAACAUGAGAAAAGGCAAAACUGACCAGGGCUGGGAUGGGUUUGGGUCAGGGUGGUUGGAGGGCAGCCUGUGGAUCCCUGCACUGGAGUCUUGCUGUCUUCGAUGCAGUUUGGAUCAUACAUUCUUACCUCCUACUGUAUGCCUCACCCUGGAAUAGCAGAACGCUCAGGGGGAGAUCCGAGAACAAGAAGGUGCUCCCAGCCCCAGGAGCUUCUGAUCUGGCUCUGAUCCUUGGCCGACCUAGAGGAAACCUCCACACACUCCCCUUCUGUGCUAAUGGUGCAGUUUGUGUCCCCCUCUGCCCAUCACUGUGCUGUGCUUGUUCCUGCCUCUGUGCCUUCCCCUAUAUUGCUCGGACAUGACCCCUUUCCUCUCCUCUACCCAGCUAAGCCCUUCUGAUCCACGGGGCCCGGCUUCCCAAACCACCCAGCCCACAUUCCUCCUCCCCGCUCCAAACAGGCCCUGUGUGAGCCCCUGUCCCUGAACUGCGUGCUGUCCCACGGACGCUCCAGUCUCUUCCGUGUGUGUCUUGAGUCCCCAACUAGACAGUUAGCUCCCUGAGGGCAAGGAACUGUCAUUUCCUCUUGAGCCCUACCAGGGUCUAGCACAGGACUGGGCUCCUAACUCUCAGGAAACACUUGUCGACUGACUGGUGCCUCAAGCGCUGGAAGCUUGUCGGUGGCCGGUAAUGGGCAGUGCACAUGGGGAGAGGGUAUGUGAGUUAACUCAAGGGUGCCUUUUACUGGGCUGUGGGCUGGCUCCCCUGGGUCAAAAGUGGAUGUCGGAGGCCUCAGGCUCUUACCUCCUUGGGGCAGUGGGAGCAUCAGGGACCCCCUCCACCUCGACUCUGCAGGAGUGCACGGAAGUGGUCGUCCAGCCCGGAUAUUUCUACAGGUUGCUGACACCUGCGGGAGCUGACUGAGUGGAAUAAAUGUUCUCUCAACAUCA